GGCGAGAUGUUGAACUCAAAAAAAUUUGGAUGUGGUUCAAAUUUAUUGAGCUCUGAUUGGAUAAACGUAUUCCGGAAACAUUCAAAAGAACAAUGCAAUAUGUUUCGAAUAACUGGCCGUUUGUCACAUCAUAAUGAACGAGUCAUUAUGGUUGAUUGUGACGCACGAUAUCAACAAUGCUCUUUGCGGUUAAAUAUUGCUGAAUAAAAAUAAGCAUUUUUUGGCUUGUUUUUGAGAGCUUUGCGCCUUUAAGGUAAAAACAACAGUUAAGUUAUAAAUCAGUAAAACAUUUUGAAACAGGACAGUUGUUGUCAGGUAAUACUGUGUUAAAAUUCGACUUUUUAUUUCUGUUUUGCAGAAAGCUAGGCAACAAAUAUGUUUUUAAAUAGCAAUGACGACUUUUGUCGGUUCUGCUGCUCAUUUUGUCUCAAGAAAUUAUCUUUUUUGUUUAUUUAUUUUACGGUUAUGCAAAUUCCAAACGUGACAAGUUACAACGUUGUAACCAACAAUCCAAAAUAUAUAAUUGAUGACUCCAACAACGCAACAAAUUACUUUGGUUAUACGCUGAACGUCAAAGCCACGUUGACGCAACCACCGGAAGUUACUUUCUUGGUUGGUUCCCCUAAAUCCGGGUCCACAACCAACCCCAUUGGUGCAGCCCCCAGUUUAACUCCUUCAUCCAGCGAGAUUGUUGGCCCAGGGGGAAUCCUUUCUUGCCCCAUCACCUUCAACAACAUAACCCCCCCAUGUUACCCCGUUGUACCCCUUCUUAACCAAUCCGACGCCAAAUCUCUCCCAGGAAGAGACUCGCUUGGUUUAAGUAAAAUACUUUCGCCACCUGGCCCCAACUUAACUGUUUGCUCCCCGUUACGAAUGAGGAAUUGUUCAUCUGGAUAUGUCACUUACGGUGUUUGUUAUUCAUCUAAUGAUAAGGGACGAACAUGGUCCACAGAUACGAAGCAAGCAGAUUCAAAAUGCCCUGUUGAAGAUUUAGAUUUGAUUUUUCUAUUGGAUGGUUCGGGGUCAGUUACCGUGCCCGACCCUCUCAACUUUGAUCGUGUUAAACAAUGGGUAAAGAAUGUUACGGACAGAUUCGAUAUCAGCACCUUCGCUAAUGUUGGAGUGAUACAGUAUUCACAUUAUUAUGAAACAAGAACGGUCCAGCCUUACAUGAAAGUUGAAAUUGGAUUGGGACAAUAUAAAACACAAGCUGAGUUCCAGAUGGCGGUAGACUCCAUCCAGUUCCAAGGGUUCACGACCUUUACAGCGCAUGCGUUGAACCGUACAGUUGAAGAGUUCAUGAACUCUACUAGAUACAGUGACCCCACGACGAGAAAGGUCAUUGUUCUGUUGACAGAUGGACAAUCAAACGACCGAGAAUUCUUGGAAGAAACAUCGGCGUACGCUCGUGGGUUGGGAAUCACGAUAUUUGCUGUGGGGGUGGAGGGGUAUUCGGAGGAAGAACUACAGAUUAUAACAUCGGGUGAACUCGGCAACAACGAGCGAGUGUUCGGUCUUGAUACUUUCUCCGAUCUUAACAAAGUUGUCGACUCACUUCAACUGUCAAUCACAGGGGUGCUGGAAGGAAGUUUCCAAAGUACUGAAAACAACGGCUUACAGCAAGCAGAGCUCGGAUUCGCUGGAGUGGAAACAAUGAUAAACUUCUAUGACAUCAUAGUGGUCGUCUUCAUCUGGAAUGACACUCAUCACAAAAUGCAAGAAGAGCUGUUUUAGAAACCAACCCAUCCAUAAUGACAUCUGCCAUGCAGUGAGACUAGCAGGCCAAAUAAUCUCACGCAUCUGUUCGAGGGAAAUUUCAACGAAAAAAUUUUUGCGAAACAAAAACUGUUGAAAACACAUCAUCAACUUAGUUACAAUGGGUUAGUGGCUUGUGUUGUAAAUAAAUUGUGUCUAAUUAAGCAAGGGGGGGGGGGGUCUUAUAUACAAAGUGUGAAAUUCACCUAAUGGUUGAAACUGUACAUUACAGAUUCGUGCGAGCCAACGAAAGAAAUUA